AUGAUGCCACGCCGUGACGACCCCGAGGUGCCACGCCUUGGCGACCCUGCGCUCAGGCCGGAAGAGGACUUCGUGGUUGUCCCGGCGACGCCGAAGAUGCAGGCCGAGGCAGCCAUCCUCUCCUCCAACUGUGCCGUGGCGGCUGAGCUCACCACGGAGCUGGGCGCAAGACUGGCCGACUUCGAGGUGGUCAAGCACUACCUCGAGCAGUUCUUUGUUCGCUUCGUGUACCAACACCACUGCGCCGACGCCGUGUCCCGCGGCCACCUUCGGGGCGCCGGCCACCGCAUCUACGUGCGCGAGUGGAGGCUCGAGGCUCAUGCAGACAACAAAGACCAGCUCCACCAUGUUCGCCUCUGCUUGGAAGGUGUCCCUCUCCACGGCUGGAACAACUACAUCGCCACCUUCCUCAUCGGCCGUGGAUGCUCGCUUGACUACAUCGAGCAGCGGUCGCUUCGCAAGGAGGACACCAGAGACCUGGCGCUCUGGGCUUGGACGGCGAACCCCAACGCCAUCCCCAAGGUUAAGUGGCUCACGCUCCCGGCCCGCGGUCACCGCCGCCGUGGACGGCGGGGCCUCCGCCAUCGCGUCCUCAUCCACCUCGACCUCCACGAGGACCACUCCAAGGCCGGCGACGACGACGACAACCCACCGCCACCAGACGUGCAUGAGUUCACCUGGUACAGAAAGGUGGUCGAUGGCACCUAUGUUCCACGGGAGCGCCGUCCAGCUCAGGGGUGCACUGAGCGCCGCGCGGACAGACGCGAAGACGACGGCGACCGCGACGGGAGGCGCGGGCGUGAUGGAGGUCGCCCUCGGGAAGGCUGGGGUGCCAGGGUCCGACGCUCGCUUUCCCGCAACCCGCGCGAGCGCCAGCGCGAGGGGGGCCAAGACCGCACCAGAGACAGGUCCGGUGGACGACGCCAUGACAGCACCAGCGCUGCUGUUGUGGCCACCCCUCUGGCGUGUGCUGCCAUUCUGCGGGGAUCGGGCUCGGGCAGUGAUGAACCGGUCCGCACCCUCGAGCUCCUGGACGCCCAUGAGCCGGGGCUCGUUGACGCUCGUGGGCGUAGUCCAUUGCGCCAGGCGUCGCCGCGGGCCUCCAGGCGCCGCUCUCUGGAGGAGAGAACUCCACCGGCGUCACCCCCUCUCUCUCCAACAACAGUGCUGCCGCCGAGCCCAAUAUCCAAGCGUGCAGAGGCUAGGUCCUCCCCUCUGACGCUGGUCGCUACAAGCCAUGCCAUGAGCGAGCUCUGCUCUCCUACAACGCUCGCUCGGCCUCUGGUGUCACCCUCGAGGCCCCCGGGGUUCCAAUCGUCGCCCACACCGCCGCUCGCAUGCGUCGGCCCCCUGCGCCGUACCCCUUCACCUGUGCGUGCUAGUGCAGCUGGCGUCUCCACUGAUGCCCUCGCGUCAAUCUUCGUGGAGCGGCAGAUGGGCGUCCUUGCCACUCCUGAGUCGCCCCCUCCCAGACCACCAGCGGCUCGCCGAAAGACCCUGGCUGGUGUCAAGAUUUCGACCAGAGGUGGCCUCACCCUGCAGAAGGUCAAGCGGACUGACACCCCUGCUAUGGCCAUGGCGUCUAAGGCUGCAGAGAAGCUCGUUUGCCGGACGAUGGGAAUCACCAAAAAUGGAGAGGACGUGACUGAAGCCAUUCUUGAUGAGUUCACGGCCAAGUUCAAGGAGCAGCUAGCCCCUGAAGUGAUUCUGGCAAUGAGAGAGUUCUUCCACCUCGACGACUCGGCCGUCAUCGACGUCGAAGAUGCUCUAAUUGAUCAUGGUGGUGCGGGGGCUCUGGAGUUGGCCCAGGAUGGUGCUGCGGCUCAGGACAACCAAGGAUCGCAGCCGCCAGCGGCUUGAACGCCAUGCUAGUUUGUAAGGGCUGAUUCAGUUUCUGAUGUUAAGCAAACUACCUUGUCUGUGGUUGGAUGGCGCUUGUGUCGUCAGUGUAGGGCGCGUGGGUUAUGUCUUCAGUACGUGUUUAUGCUUUUGGGUAGUUUCCCUCCAGUUCUUUCACGCCUCUUUGAGGUGUCUUCAUGGCCAUGCUGUUUUGCUCUCUUUCGACUUCUAUACUAAGCAAUGUGCUGUUUGUUGUGCUCCAUGACAAUGCAACCCGUCAACACCCUCA